UUCACCGGGGGGGAAACAACAGUCAUGGCGGAUGUUAUGAAUGUCGGGGUGAAUCUAGAAGCUUUUUCUCAAGCGAUUAACGCAAUCCAGGCACUUAGAUCGAGUGUAACUAGAGUGUUUGACUCGCUGAAAGAUGGGAUGAAGAAUAAAGAAACGCUUGAAGGACGAGAAAAGGUGUUUAUUACGGAGUUUCAGGACAACUUGCAGGCGGUGAAUCGUGAUUUAACUGAGUUGGAGCGUCUGAGCAAUCUGGUUGGCAGGCCAUCAGAGAGUCACCCGUUACACAACAGCGGCCUGCUUAGCUUGGACCCGGUUCAGGACAAAACCCCUCUGUACAGCCAGCUUCUACAGGCUUACAAAUGGUCCAACAAGUUACAGUACCACGCAGGCUUGGCAUCCAGCCUCUUAAACCAGCAGUCACUCAAGCGCUCGGCCAAUCAGAUAGGAGCUUCAGCGAAGAGGAGGCCGAAGGUCCAGCCCAGCACCCUUGUCCUGCCCAUUCAGUACGUGGACGAUGUGAUCUCUAGGAUUGGACGUAUGUUUCCAGACAUGUCCAUAGAGCUCUUCCGGCCCAACGGGACAUCAGCUGUGCUUCUGGUGACACUGGGAAAAGUGCUUAAAGCCAUCGUGGUGAUGAGGAGCCUGUUCAUCGACCGCACCAUCGUCAGAGGAUACCACGAGAAUGUGUAUUCCGAGGACGGCAAGCUGGAUAUCUGGUCCAAGUCCAACUACCAAGUGUUUCAAAAGGUGACGGACCAUGCCACCACAGCCCUGCUGCACUACCAGCUGCCCCAGAUGCCCGAUGUGGUGGUGCGCUCUUUCAUGACCUGGCUCAGGAGUUACAUCAAGCUUUUCCAGACACCAUGUCAACGCUGUGGUAAGUAUCUGCAAGACGGCUUGCCUCCCACCUGGAGGGACUUCCGUACCCUCGAGGCCUUCCAUGAUACCUGCAGGCAGUGAAUCUGCAAAGUCCACAGGAGUCACAAUACCCAUGGGGCAAGGGAUGAACAAACACAAAGCAUGUGUGUCAAGGACUCCGCUUGUAUUGAAAGACUUUUGAAACCACGAGUUGCGUCUAACGGACCAAACGAGAAGACUUCAGUAGUCUUGAUGGUCGUGUCCAACAGGUUAGAUGUACUCGGAUAUGCGGACGACACACUCGCAUGCAGUCUCUGUGUAAUAAAAGCAGAUCUGUAUUCUAAAUAUUUUUCUAAAUCCUUUUUAUUUUACUUUAUUUGUUUAGUUGCAGUUUUGUCUCCGCUGUCCAAUCACUGCAGAAAAGGUGGCUGAGAUUCUUGCUAUUGCCAGAAAACAUUAACUUCCUGUGCUCAUAUCUAGUGUUUCAAACUUCUGUAAACUUGUGCCCUACUUAGUUUUCGCUUAGCUUUUUUACCUUAAAAAAAGUGCUUCGGUGAAGCACUCCAAAGCAAAAGGCAUGCAGCACCGUUUUUUUUGUUGUUAUUGUUUGUGAGCUUUUUUUGUAGUCCCGUUUAUAAAGAAAAGAUGUUCAAUAUUUCAUGAGUCACUCAAAGUAGGAACGUUUCUUCUUCUUCUUUUUUUUUUUUUUAAUAAAACAGUCAACUGCUACAACUAGGUCAUAACUUCACAUGUCGCCUGUGCUAUAAACACGACACGUUUUGUGAUUGGACAGGAAUUGCUUAUAUGGUGGUUUUUUUUGUUUUCAUUUGUAUAUGGGUUUUGAUGUAAUAAAAUAUUUUUUUCUUUCACAUUC